AUGGAAGAAGAUGGUAACAAGCUUAACAUAACUUGUUCUCCUGGAACAUUUAGAAAGGUUCAAGACGAUGCAGUUUAUAGACAGAAGAUCAUAAGCGAAGUGGCUGGACAACAAUGCUUCGAAAGCCUUAUUAUAACAGAAGAGCACAGCGGGAGCGCUGGCCUUGAAGAAUCUUUCUCGGAAGAGAUUGCAAUGGGCGAAAGUGAAAGGGAAGACUUCCUUCCAAUCGGUACAAGUGCUGAGACACAUGACGUCAAGAGGCCUGCGUGGUUGGAUGCGCCAACAAAGCUGCUAAUUUUGAAGGUUAAGGAACUGCGGCCGAAAGUUGGCAAAAGCCAAAGCAUGAAAACCAUAAGCAAAUGUGGAGCGCUAUUACCAACGAGCUUUGCGAAAG